AUGAUUACAACAGAUAAGCGUUGGAUUAAACAGUAUGUUCUUGGGGUUGGAUUAAAUGGCCCUGUAUAUUUGGCAACACAUUCUUCUGCCAACAAUUAUUCCCAAGCUGUAGCUGUCAAAUCUGCACAAAUUGGAUCGGAUGAGUACUCUGUGCUACGAGAAGAAGGAAAAAUUUUGAACCAAUUAAAAGGUUCGCCUUAUAUCGUUCGAUGUUUUGGGGAAGACGAGAGCGUCGAAUAUGCAAAGUGGACGUAUAAUCUCUUGCUUGAAUGCGCCCCUAGUGGCACUUUACUAGAUUUUAUACUUUUUAAUGGAAAAAUUUCAGAACAAAUGGCAGCACUCUAUGCUUAUCAACUCUUGAAGGGUAUCGGUCACAUUCAUAAGAAAGGUUAUAUCCACGGGGAUAUAAAAUUGACCAAUAUACUUAUUUAUCCGAACAAUAAGUUGGUAAAAAUUGCUGAUUUUGGAUCUGCCAAAGAAGAAACAAGUUGCAAGCAUCAGAUUUUUGAUAUUUGUUCUGUAGGGUGCGUUGUCGCAAAGAUUCUCACCGGGAAGCCCACGUGGUAUGUGGGACAGAUUAACAAAUAUAAACGUCAGAUAUGUGGUCUUGAUAAGCCUGAUGAAGAGCUUAUAGACACUGAUGUUUCUAACAUGGCUAAAGGUUUUGUGACGGAAUGUUUGUUUUGUGAUUUUACAGGUAGAUUAUUGAGUGUCGAUGAACUAAUUAAUCAUCCUUUUAUUCAGAAUGCAAUUAGCACUCCUGAGAAUGAAGAACACUUGAUUAGACUCUCUAGUACUGUUAAUGAUAAUCUUUUUGGUGAUAAUUGGAUUUCAGAGCGUGAUUUGUUUACUACAACUUCUAAGGAAUGGAAAACCAAAAUAAGGAGAUCAAUCAAAGGAAAGAAAGACACAUUUGCAGCUUAUAGCGAACAUGACUCUAGAUAG